AAUAAAUGUUGUACAUUAAAGUUACCGUUUGUAUCAGUAAAAAUAUAUAAUAUAUUUUUUACUGGUACAAAAUAUUCGAAUCCAUCAAAAUUAUCAAUUUCGCAUUACUCGUAUAAAUUUUGGUAGAUAUUAGCAAAAUGAAUCAUCAGCUUUGGUCGCGCGCUAUUUUGGUCAAGCCUAAAGAUCACUUAGAAUCUCACGCUAGGGCGAAUAUCAAGCCCUUUGUCGCCUCUUUCGAAACUAGCCAGUGUCCGCCAUCAAUGAGUUGCCUUUUGGGCUGGGAAUAUGGUCGGAUGUGGGUAAAGGAGCGUGACAAGUUCGUGGCCGAACGCAAAAGGAAGACUGCAAUGCGUCAUAAACUUCCUGAUUACAGCAAGUGGCUUGAAAUGCAUAAACCCAAGAAGAAGGAAUCUAAGGAGAAUAUCUUCUUAGGCAGUAAGUGAGGACUGAGUGAUAUCUAAAUCGAAAAUUCUAUUGGUUGGACAGAGAUUGGAUUGAUCAAAUGUUAAGAACUCAUAGAGGAAAAAUAAAAUGUUUUGCGGUGCAAGGGCGCUCGAUUGCAAGGUGAAGAGGUUUUCGAUAAACAGGCUGUACAGCGCAACACAAG